AUGACUUUAGAUUCAGUUGAAGCUUAUCACAUUCUCCGUAAUGGAAUUACUGGUGGUUUAUCAAAUGUUCAACAUAGAGUAAAUCUUAAAGGAAUCACGCACAUUAAUAAACUUUCAUAUAAUCCAGAAACUAAAACUGUAUCAAAUGAGGACACCACCAACAUUAUGACUCAUUUCGUUGGUGUUGACUUUAAUUCAUUAUAUCCUUCAUCAUUUUCAUCUAAUCCUCAUGAUUUCAUUCAAUAUACUGACCAUAAAAUGUAUAUGCCGGGAAGAUUGAAUGGUGUUAUCAUUUGUGAUACAGCAACAAAGAAAGCAAAAGCACUGGGAAUAAUUAAGAAGAAAAAUACUUUAUUCGUGGCUGAAGUAAAGGGUCACAUUGAUGAAAAAUACAUUAAUGAUUACAUAAACUUUUUACCAAUAAUAAGAAACUUAGAUAUUAUCACAGAUGAAAAAACAAUUGGCAGUUUUAUGUAUAAUUACAUGAAAUCAAACAAUCUACCAGUUGACCAGAAACAGAGGAAAUUAACUCAGUUAGCAUCAACACACAACCAAUAUCAACCAUUUUCAUCUUAUUAUCUUUGGUAUCUAAUAGACAGAUUUCAUUUUAUCAUUGAUGAUAUUCAAUCAAUUUUAACAUUUACUAAAAACACUUGUUUUAAUGAAUUUGCGAACAAAUUUAUGAACGAAAGACAAAAGGCUGAAUUAGAAGGAAAUAAAGGAAAAAGUUUAUUUUGCAAGAUUUCACUUAAUGGAUCAUAUGGUUACGAUGCAAUGAAUACACAAAAUUACGCAAAGACUAAAAUAAUGAAUGCACAGAAGGCACGCGUUGCAUGUAUGUCAAAUAAGUUUAAAAACAUAAGAGAAAUAGGUGAAGAUACAUAUCAAGUGAUGCUUAAAGAUAGAUUUUAUAGAUGUGAUACAUGUUUACAAGAGGCAUUCUUCACUUUAGAUAACGCAAAAUACUGGUAUUUAGUUUUCAUUUAUGAUUUUAUGUAUAAAUGCAUGGAUGUUAAUCGUUUUCAUUUCAUUGAAUAA